AUGAGCCCGGCACCACUGCUGGCCGUGCUGCUGGCCACCGCCUCGUUACCCGCCGCACAGGCUUUGCAGUGCCAGGAGGGGCUGACCCAGGUGGUGAGGGCCACCCUGGAGCUGCCCCUCAACUGGACCGCUGGCCAGGAGACGUGUGGGGCGGGCCAGGGCUGCCAGGACACCGUCAUGAUCAUAGCGAAUGGACCUAAAGUGAACAUUGUGAUCAGCAAAGGCUGCACUAUGGCUGAGGACGAAGAGGCCCGAGUCACCAGGCACAGAGCGGGCCCCGGGCUCUCCAUCACCUCCUACCACCAUGUGUGCCGCCACGCCGACUUCUGCAACAGCCUGUCCAGCACCCAGACCCUCGGGGCUCUGCCCACCCCCUCAGUCCCAGGGACCCUGCGCUGCCCCGUCUGCUUCUCCAGCGACCACUCAUGUCCCGAGGACUCGCAGGGUCACCUCUGCCCCGCGGGACACACGCACUGCUACGACGGCUUACUCAGGCUCAGGGGAGGGGGGAUCACCAGCAAUCUGCGGGUGCAGGGCUGCCUGCCCCAGCCAGGCUGCAACCUUCUCAACGGGACGCAGACCAUCGGGAUCAUGGACGUGAGUGAGAGCUGCGGUCCGUGGUCAGAGCGUCUGGAAUGCCAGAAAGGGGCGCUGGAGACAGUGAGGGAGCUGUCGGAGCUGCCCCUCCAGUGGACCUGUAACAACUGCCACGUGACCUGCCAGGUGGGCGAGGGCUGCCAAGACACGCUGGUGAUCGUGGAGAAUGGACCCCAGGUGUAUUUGGCGCUCUCCAAAGGCUGCACCACCGCCCAGGACCACGAGGCCAGAGUCACAGAGCACAGGCUGGGCCCCGGGCUCUCUGUCACCUCCUACAGCCUGGUGUGCAGACGCGGGGACUUCUGCAACGCCCUGUCAAGCACUGUGCCGGUCUGGGCUCCGCCCCCUGCCACAGCUCCAGGGACCCUGCGCUGCCCAGUCUGCUUUUCUAGAGGCAAGUGUCCUGAGAAGUUGCCGGAACACCUCUGCCCCGUGGGACACACACACUGCUAUGAUGGCUUCCUCAGGCUCUCCGGAGGGGAGAUCUCCAGCAAUCUGCGGGUGCAGGGCUGCCUGCCCCAGCCAGGCUGCAACCUCCUCAAUGGGACGCAGACCAUCGGGGUCAUGGACGUGAGUGAGAGCUGCGGUCCGUGGUCAGAUCCUCCGACGUGUUUCCGGGGGGUCUCGCUGCAGUCUGGCUAUGGCUUUAACCCUGUGGAAUGGAAUGCGAAUGGAAGGCAGAUGUGCAAUGCUGGGGAGGUGUGUCAGGAGACUCUGCUGCUCAUCGACAUCGGACCCAAUGCACUCCUGGUAGGGAGCAAAGGCUGCGGGGUGGACAGGGGACAGGCUUCGCAGAGGAUCUCCAUCUACUCCAGCCCCCCCGGAAUGCUAGUGGCCUCCUACAGCCGGUUCUGCUCCUCCGACUUGUGCAACAAUGCCAACAGCAGCAGUGUCCUGCUCUCCUCCCUUCAGCCAGGUCCCCCUGUGCCAGGAGACACACAGUGCCCUGCCUGCGUGCAGCUCAGCUCUUGCUCCUCCAGCUCCUCACCUGUCACCUGCCCAAAGGGUGCCACCGGCUGCUACAGCGGGAGCCUCCACUUCAGGGGAGGUGGGCUGUUCUCCCCACUGAGCAUUCAGGGCUGUGUGCCCCCAAACUUCACAUCCUUGCUGAAAGGCACCCAGAACAUUGGCAUCUUCUCCGUGAUGGAAAGCUUUGAGAUUAAGGAAAGCAAAAAGCGCAAGAAGAAUUUUAUGUUUAGCAGUGCGGCCCUGGGCGCCUGCCGGGCUCCAGUCUUGGCACUGGGGCUGUCUUUGAGUGUAUUGAGCUUUUCUCUUCUGGCUAAUCUUAUUUCCCUGUGAUCCGGGUGAUGGGAAUCAGCAUUGCUCUCAUAACCUCAUGCUGCCUUCGUGGGCCACUGACACCCACACCCACCCCCAGGGGCCAGUUCUCAGAAAAACCUCUCCUCCCACCCUUUCUGAAAGUGGGCAUUGCCCCUUGUGAGACUGUCUACAGUAGCUGUCCGAUUUCACAACUAAUAACUUCCUCCUUUUUGUUUUUUUAUACACUUAAACCCUGGGAAACAACUCCCCCUCCCUGCACCCCUUGUAUUUCCAACCUGUUUGGUGGUCCUUGGCACCCCUCUGCAGCAAUGAUUAAAGUCUGAUCUGAUCUA